AUGGCGGACACGACAGACCCCAAGAUCUACACCAUUGGGUGGAUAUGCGCCAUCGAGACGGAGUUCCUGGCAGCACAAAUCGUCCUUGACGAGGCCUUUAGCCACAAGGACACGCCUGCGGUCGGCGACCGAGACGAUAAUAGCUACGUCUUUGGCCGGAUUGAGUCGCACAACAUCGUCGUUGCGGUCUUACCCCACAAGCAAUACGGCACGACACGGGCAGCCACCGUCGCCAGGGAUAUGGUGAACAGCUUCCCGAAUGUCCGCGUCGGACUGAUGGUCGGCAUCGCCGGGGGCGUGCCGUACGGAAAGGAACGAGAUGUCCGCCUCGGCGAUGUUGUCGUCAGCUGCCCGGACGGCAGCGGGGCCGGUGGCGUGAUACAAUUCGACUUCGGCAAGAACACGCAGAAUCAGACCUUCCGACUGACUGGACAUUUGAACCAGCCGCCCGAGCCGCUGUUGAUGGCAGUGGCUGGACUGAAGACCAAGUACAGGCGGUAUGGCCACAAGCUCGACGAGAAGGUCAAGCAAGCACUGGAUGGCGAGGUGGCAAAGACGGGCAUUGUCGAGACGAGGGAGGAACUCGGUCUUCCACUUGACCCCAGCGACCGCCUCUAUCAAUGCGACUUCACCCACGAGCAGUGCAAAGGGGGCACCUGUGGUGAUUCGGAAUCUGAGAUUAAGCGAGAUCCACGCAAGGUCAUCAGGGGGAGCAGCUUUCUCAUCCACUACGGGCUGGUCGGAUCGUCCAAUUCGCUCGUGAGGAACGCGGUGGUCAGGGACCGUCUGGCUCAGGACCAAGGCAUCCUCUGCGUCGAGAUGGAGACGGCCGGCCUGGCGAAUCACUUCCCAUGCCUGGCGAUUCGCGGCAUCUGUGCCUACUCCGACACCCACACGAACGACAAGUGGCAAGGAUUCGCGGCCAUGAUGGCUGCUGCUUACGCGAAGGACCUCAUCAAGAGUCUCCCGCCCAAGAGGGUGGACAAGCAGAAACCGCUGGCCGACGCGCUCAGAUCUGAAGUGCAAAAAGACAUCGGGGCCGUGAAGCAGGACGUUGAGGAGAUCAAGGCGGUGAUUGGAGAUAGCGCGAUCAGGAAAUGGCUCCCAACGACAACAAAGCAAGGAAGCUUCGACAGCUGGGCACUGGCUAGUGGCUGCUGA